AUGCCCGGCAUCGAGGUCGCUCCCUCUCCCGCCUCGUCAGAACAUCCAGAUCGGCCGCUGUUCAAGUCCCACAAAUCGCUGCCUCGUCGGACAAAUACCAAUCGCCGUGGUCAAAUCUCCCAGCUGUCACCUCCGGAACACGAUGGCCUCUUUCCGGAGGCCGUGCCUCUUACGACCGCUCCAAUUCUUCCUUUAACACCACCCGGCAUCACGCACUACGAAUCCCCGACCGGAGCAGAUGCGCAAAAACCGUCAAUGUCUUCACACUCAGUGGUUACUGUGCUUACGCCAUCGAGACCCUCACAUCCUCCGACGCCCGAGACAACACCUCCGCGAGCUAUGCCGUCGAACCGACCGGGGCUGAGUCAAUUUGGGUAUGUCUCGUCCUCAUCGCGGGCGGAGUCUUUCAAGACAGCCUAUGAGACGAUAUCCGAUGCUGAAACUGUGACCCCUCGUCCGUCACCGCCAUUGCUCUCGCGCUCUAACACGCAACGAAGUACGAAAAGCACAAAAAGCAAGUCCGGAGGCACGGCCACCGCAGAGGGCCAGUCUCCCAGCUUUCGAGGUUCGCCGCGUUCAAAGGCCGCAAACGGUGGUGAAAUGCAAUCUCCAGCUCCGACCGAUAUUUCCCGCAAACAAGGAUUCGCAGACGGCCAGGCUCCAGAAAUACAUAUCAAGCCUACCCGUGACAAGGCAAAGCAGACUCGCAACAAAACAGAUGUUAAUGUAGCUGAUGUCGAUGAUUCCACGCGUGGAAGAAGAAGCUUACGGGACCGUGUGGCUCAUAUGCAGCAUGCCGAAGAUAGCCAAGCAUUGGAUCAAUUCCGUCAAGAAAUCGGCUGGCCCUCCGCGGAUGAUCAGAUAGAGGACUCUCGACGCCUUUCGUGGGUAUCGACGACCUCGACGGUCGAGGCAAUGAUUGUUGAUAAGCCCCAGCCAGCUAGACGGGCUCUGCGACAUACAGAAAAGAGACUAUCUCUGCGCUCCGCAAGUUCGCCGAUCACGAGGUCCGAGCGCACGUCUAUCGCAUCCAGCUUGGACCUGCAGCGCCGCCUGAGCCACAAACCUGUUCGGAUUACAGAGAAUGACCGAAGGAGCAUUGCAUCUGAAAUAUCUAUCUCUGGGAGUUCGACUCUAGGUGCAUCGCAGCAGCAUGUAGAUGUCGUGCCAGUGGUCGUGAUCCCUCAAAGACACUCGUCGCUCAAGGGUGUUUCAAGCCUACCGAGCAGAAACCCGUCUAUAUCGCGCUCUGGACGGUCCGUGCAUGCGCCCGCCGUACCCAAAACCCGAGCCGGCUCGCUGGAUCAUCCACGCCGUGGAGAACGUAGCGUUUCCGAUCCGCGUACUAGUAGUGUUUCGGCGGAUGGCCGUGGUCGUGGAAUGAAUCGCCCACAUAUUCCUCCUCGCAGCUCUUCACUAUCCGCGCCCACAAGCCAAAACAAUUCUCGAGCAACUUCUCUGACUUCGGAGAGUCUACGGAGCCAUAAUCUCGCAGUAGAACAGACUUCAAAGAAGCGCCAACAGCCUGAAUUGAAGCCCGCUCCUAUUCUGGAUGCUCCCAGCCGAGAUAAGCAUGAAACUGGUGGUAUUAUGAAAACCCAGUCGAUUGUGAUUGGAGUUGAAGACCUGAGCUACCUGCGGCCGCCGUCAGUACCGUUUACGCCACAUUCGGUCCCGUCGUCAUCGCCUGGCCCAUUCGAGAUUAACGAAGUCAGAAGAGUGGCCAUCUUCCCGCAUAACAACGAGUCAUUAUUGCUUGUCAAUCCACACGGAGAGAGUGGCCUCCGAGGGCAGCUACCUCAGACCGAACAGCCACAGACACCCGACAACACUCAAGAGAUGGCGGGCGUGGACUCCCCGUUGAGAAACCCACGACCACCGCCAAAACCCCCAGUUUCGACAACUGUUGGGGACUUUGUCAAUUUUGACCAGUUGGUUGGAAACGUGGGUACUAGUGAAAUAACUGAUGGUACUAGCCGUCGACCCAAGUCCAAAAGACGGCCAUGGAUUGCCCGACCGCGAUCAGAGUCCUUCAACUCGUUCGUGCGAACCCUUUCUCUCAGUUCGGCUAAGAACCCUAAAGCCGGCGAGGACAUCGACGGGCGACUGCAACCAUUCUGGCGCCCGCGCCGAUUCUGGGACGACUCUCCUGAAUCUCUGUCACCGGAGGAGGACGGCACCCGGUCGCAAGCUCCCAAACAGCCAGACGAGGUUAUCAGCAACUCGUUAGGAAUGCCGCAAAAGCGGAUUGUGUUCGACGGUCCUUUUGUGUCCAGUACCCGGUCAGGCCCCCGACGGUGGACCGACGGUCAACCCCGUGUCAACAGAGAAACGCUUAUGGGAAGCCGUAUCGUCUCACCGGAGGCUUUGUACUCCCAGACCUCUCUUCACCAACGCCAUUUCCCAGCCGUGUCAUGGUGGCGACUACGAUUCCGGUCUGGUAUAGCGCGAUCUUUCCGCUGGCGCCUCCGACGCUCAAUUCAACGACGAGCAGACAGCAGGCGCGAGGUGAAGCGCGAGAGGAUUAAGCAGAGCAUCGGCGAGGCGAUUCUGAUGGACUCGAGCACACAAGUCCGGAAAGCCACAUUAUGA